AUGGGCCUCGUCAGCGCCGUCGCGGGCCAUCCGCUCGCGCAGCAGUUCCAGGCCCUCGGCUGGGCGUCGCAGAUUGCAAUCGCCCUCGGAGGCUUCCUCGCCCUGUCGGUGCUCGCCAACAUCGCCAACCAGAUGCUGAACAAGAACCCCAACGAGCCCCCCCUCGUCUUCCACUGGUUCCCCUUUAUCGGCAGCACCAUCACCUAUGGCAUGGACCCGCCCCGGUUCUUCCAGGAGAACCGCGCAAAACACGGCGAUGUCUUCACCUUUGUCCUCCUCGGCAAGAAGACGACUGUUGCCGUGGGCCCGGCCGGGAACGACUUCAUCCUCAACGGCAGGCUCAAGGACGUCAACGCAGAGGAGAUCUACUCCGUCUUGACCACGCCCGUCUUUGGCAGCGACGUCGUGUACGACUGCCCCAACGCCAAGCUGAUGGAGCAGAAAAAGUUCAUGAAGAUCGCGCUUACCGCCGAGGCCUUCCGCUCCUACGUCCCCAUCAUCUCGGGCGAGGUUCAGUCCUACUUCAAGAGGGAUACCGACUUCAAGGCCAAGUCGGGCAUCGUCGACAUUCCCAAGAAGAUGGCUGAAAUCACAAUCUUCACCGCCUCCCACGCGCUCCAGGGCAGCGCCAUCCGCAACAAGUUCGACACGUCCCUCGCCGCCCUCUACCACGACCUAGACAUGGGCUUCACCCCCAUCAACUUCAUGCUUCACUGGGCCCCGCUCCCCUGGAACCGCAAGCGCGACCAUGCCCAGCGCACCGUGGCCAAGAUCUACAUGGACACCAUCAAGGAGCGGCGUGCCAAGGGCGAGGCCGACGACGAGCUGGACAUAAUGAAGCAUCUCAUGAACUCGGCGUACAAGAACGGCACCCCCGUCCCGGACCACGAGGUGGCCCACAUGAUGAUUGCGCUGCUCAUGGCCGGCCAGCACUCUUCCUCGUCCACCAGCUCCUGGAUCAUGCUUCGCCUGGCCCAAUACCCCGACAUCAUGGAGGAGCUCUACCAGGAGCAGGUCAAUGCCUUCGGUGCCGACCUGCCGCCCCUGACGUACGAGAGCCUCGCCAAGCUCCCGCUCAACCAGGCCAUCGUCAAAGAGACGCUCCGUCUGCAUGCCCCCAUCCACUCCAUCAUGCGCGCCGUCAAGCAGCCGAUGCCCGUCCCCGGCACAAAGUACGUCAUCCCGACGUCGCACACCCUGCUCGCCGCUCCCGGCGUCAGCGCCAACGAUCCGACCUACUUCCCCAACCCAGACGAGUGGGACCCUCACCGCUGGGAGGCCGACUCGCCCAAUGCCCCGACCAUUGUGCGCAACAAGGCCGAGGAAGAGAAGAUUGACUACGGCUACGGCAUGGUCAGCAAGGGCGCCGCAUCGCCCUACUUGCCCUUUGGAGCGGGCCGCCACCGGUGCAUCGGCGAGCAGUUUGCCAACGUUCAGCUGCAAACCAUUGUGGCCGAGGUUGUGCGCCUUGUCAAGCUGAGCAACGUGGACGGGGGCAACGGGCUGAUUGGCACCGACUACGCCUCACUCUUCUCGCGGCCGCUAGAGCCCGCCAAGGUUCGUUGGGAGAGGAGAAACUGA